UCGAUAUUUACUUUGAAUUGACUAAGAUGAGUACCUCAGCAUAGUUAAUGGCAGUUAUAAGUGAAAAAUUGCUCAAAACUUAAGGAGAUUCAGAUAGUGUUAUUCCUGAUUCAGAUUAAGAAGAAAAAUUACAGAUUCCUUAUCAAAAAGGAACACCAAAUUUCUCAAUAAAGCCUCCAAAACGUUUAAGAUUUAGCAGAAAGAAUUAAAUUUGCUAUUUUUAAAAAGGGUCAAUAAGUGAUAUGUCUCCUUCUACAACAAGAAAUAAUUCAAUAUCAACUCAUUCAAUACUCAAAAAUAAAGAAAGCCCAAUUUUAUUUAGAGAAAAUAAAUGA